AUGAUAUGACAACACCACUUCAUACAAAUCUAAAAGAACCGAAGAAUUUUAACCCUGACCCACAUUUCAGCUUUCUUGUCAAUGAACUUUUUGCGAAAGUCGAUGAUGUUACAAAGGAGAGGUUAGGUGGAUUCGCUUCCAUUACAGCAAAGAAACUGUUUAUCAUUGAGGAGUUCAUUAAAGCAUGGAAACACUAUGUAGGUCUCAAUAUAUUUCCUGCUACAAGACUCAUAUUUCCCAAUAGAGAUGGGAGAUUAUAUUUCAUGAGGGACGUUGGAUUGGCAAGGUUAGUUACAAAAAUGUGCAAGAUUCCCAAGAAUUCUGCUGAUUAUAAACGAGUUAAUGAUUGGAAGAAGAACUAUCAUGAUUACAAGAGACAAAAUCACGAUAAAAGGAAAUUGAGAGCUUUAUCGUACAUUCUUGCUCAGCAAGUAUCGGAACGAAGAGACUUACAACCCAAGGGAGAUGAUGUGACUAUUGCAGAAAUCAACGAUGUGUUGGAUAAUCUUGGAAUGGAUGAACUAGGGAAGGCGGAAAAACAAAUUGAACUUCUUAGACCAAUUAUUGAUCGACUUAGUACAGAAGAAUUACGUUGGUUUUUCCAAAUAAUACUAAAGGAUUCGAUGAUAGCACCUAUGGAGACUUUUUUCUUCUUGGCUUGGCAUCCUGAUGCCCCAGCUUAUUCCAACGUGGUAAACAACUUAAAAGCUGUAUUUUGGAGAUUGACAGACGAAACCGAACGCUUACACGAGGAUGAGUUGAAAGUCCACCUAAUGUACCCAUUUCUCCCACAAUUAGCUGCCAAACCAAAAUUGAGCUAUGAAGAACUUGCACUGAAAAUGGAGCAUAAUUUUUACAUUGAGGAAAAGAUCGAUGGUGAUCGAAUGUUAAUGCAUAUGCAGCGGAAUCCAGAUGAUAAAAAUGAUAUGCGAUUCAAGUACUAUACCAGAAGAUGCAGGGACUACUCCUUGCUCUAUGGAGAAGAUCUUAAAUAUGGAGCUAUUAGUAAAUAUUUAAGGCACGCAUUCAACGAAGGGGUCACCAGUGUGGUAUUAGAUGGUGAAAUGGUAGCGUGGGAUUAUAGAAGAAACGUUAUUUUACCAUUUGGAACCUUAAAGGCUUCAGCAGUCCAAGAAGCAGUGAGACAUUUCACUACCGAGGAUGCGUUUGCUGAUCAAUCUGCCUGGCCAUUAUAUAUCAUUUAUGAUAUAUUAUACUUAAAUGGAAUUCAUCUUGAGGCGACCAAACUCAUCGAUCGUAGAGCAGCUCUCAGACGACUCGUCAACGAGAUUCCACAUCGAUUUGAAGUGUUGGAUACCCCCAUAGGACAUAGCGCACAAGAUAUAGAGGAUGCGAUCAGGAAAACUGUACUGGAAAGAAGUGAAGGUGUCAUGCUAAAAAAUAUCAACCUGAAAUAUAAAAUAGCUCUGAGAGACAACUCUUGGGUAAAGAUUAAACCUGAAUAUCUUGAACAAUUUGGAGAAAAUUUGGAUUUAGUAGUGAUUGGGGUUAUAAAAGGAGUGAAAAAUGCAUACAUGUGUGCAUUGAAAGAUGCUACAGAUGGCGUAUAUAAAUCAUUUUGUACAGUAGCUAAUGGAUUUUCAGAAAAGGAGUAUGACGAAAUAUCAAGAAUCACAGCUACAAAAUGGCAUGUCUUCAAGACUGAGCCUCCACCCCCAGAAAGAGUCAUUUUCGGAUCAAGGAAGCCGGAUCUUUGGAUAUAUCCUGAAGAUUCGCUUGUAUUAGAAAUCAAGGCGAGAUCUAUUGAUGCUUCACCUUUGGCAACAUAUGCUGUGGGUACCACUCUCCAUAAUUUAUAUUGUCGACAAAUUAGAGACGAUAAGUCUUUCGAAGAAUGUAUUACUGUUCAAGAAUACCGAGAAAUGAAAAGAUUACAUUCCACUGAUAAUACACACAAGCAAGAUGUUAUCAAGGAAAAGAAAAAAUCAUCUAGAAGGGCCCUCCUUGAAUCAUUCUCUGAGAAUACAGUUACUAUUAAAGCGGAAUCUACACUUUUCAACUCAUUCUCAUUCAUGAUACUUUCUGGAAAAGUAGACAAUAGGACAGGAGAACGAAUUGCGGAUACGGAUAUAGCUAAAGUUAUUAAAAAAUAUGGAGGUACAAUCACUCAGAGUAUUAAUGAAGAGGCAGCCGCAAGUGGAAGAUUUAUCUGUAUUAGUGAAAUUAUGACCAUUAAAGCUAGACAGAUACAUCAACGUGGUAUAGAUCUAAUUAAACCGAAGUGGAUAUUUCAAUGUGUACGAUAUGCAUCGAUUAUUCCCUUGGAACCGCCAUUAAUAUUUAAAGGGUCAAAUACAUUGAUAGAGAGGGCCAAACGUCGUUUGGAUUCCUACGGUGAUAGUUAUAUCUUACACCCCGAAUUAUCAAUUGACCAGUAUGUUGGUGAUUUGAAUCCGGUACCACCUUUACAGCCUAGAGAACUCAAACGUUUCCGAUCUGAGAUAAUUACUGAUAUCAAUGAUGGUGAUGAAGAUUCUCCAUUGGCAUAUUUAUUUGCAGAUAUCCAAGUAUACAUAGUAGCUCUGACAUCCACCCCACACUGGCAGAGAGAAGGGCUACAAAGAAGCAUCGAAAGAUACCAGGGCAUCAUAACAAAAGAAUUGACUCUAGCAACAUUUAUAAUAAUCAUGGACUACGAUAGAUUUGAUUUUAAGAUAAGUCAAGAGAUAGAGAAAAAGGUCAACAAAAUUUCAAAAGAUAUAGCGGGUCAAUUAAAAUUGGAGAAGAAAGAUAUAAUUAGAGUUAAAAUACCUAAUAUAGUACGUCAAUCUUUCAUCUUGGAAAGUAUUCAUAAUAAAGUGUUGGUCGAUCCGCAAGAUCAUAAAUUCUGAAAGAAGAAAAAAUAAAAAAAAAAAAAGAGACUCACGAAUAAACACAAACUUCUGUGAUUUACCUUCAGUAACUAGGAGCAACCGCAACUUAUCGUAAUCUGCAAUAAAUAAAUAUAAUAUAGCACAUGUGUAAUCAAAUAAAAAACACAUGCUUAGAUUACCAACACGGAAUUUCUAUUUCAUCUCUUGUGGGUGAAUACUUGAUUCGGAAUUUGGAACAAUAUAGUAGACAA